AUAAACAAGUCUUUAUCACUGUUGAGUACACAUUCAGCGAAUCUCAAUUCUGCCAUUAGUGUAUUGAGCCUUGGGAGAGACCAGUAGUGUCUGUACAACGAACAGGAAGUUGAAUAGACGAGUCUGCAGUACAUGGUUAGAGAUCACCAAGCUCUGAAGUAUGGCCUCCCCAGAGAUGAAGCCAAAGGUUUGCUUGAUGUGCCUGGUUGCCCCAGCCGUCGGGAAGCUUGGCACUUGUGAACACUCCUACUGUGAGAGCUGCCUACUGGACCACAUCAAGGGUCAGAUUACAAGUCAGCACCAAGUGAUCUCCUGCCCCGCAUGCCGAGGACAAACCCGACAGGAUGACCCCACAUUGGGAAAGAAUGGGACCAAUGUCGCUGGUGGUGGGGGAGAAGGUGGUGAACAGGAUACGCUGCCACGUGGACUUGGACUCCAACAGACCACUGCAAGAGACACACCCAGACGUGCCAACUGUAAGCUGUGUCACUUCAAAGGUAAAACAGUGAAGGCUGUUAACAUGUGUAAGGAGUGCAAAUCGUUACCACUCUGUGGAGAGUGCUCCCAGGCUCAUCCAAAGAAUAAAGCAACACAGAACCACGUGGUGACUGUUUUUGUUGAACAGACAAGGGAAGAAGUUUUUUGCAAAGCCCAUGAUGAGGUUCUCAAGUUUUUCUGCUAUGCAUGCUCGAUGAAUGUUUGCCACGUCUGUAUUUCACUGGACCAUGUGGACCAUGCCGUUGAGAUAUUUAACGAUGUUGUCAACACUGAGGUUGUAAAUGUCCGAAGUGCAGUGGAGGAGGAAGAGACGUGGUUGGAGAUGUUGAAAUCCGAUGACAAAGAACUGCAGGAAUCGAAAGCAAAUGCACAAGAAAUGGAGGACGUGUUGAUCAAGUCGAUUGAAGACCACGCUGAGAAGUGUAUUGAGGAGAUCCUCAAGAAUAAGGAUGCUUUGAAGAAGCAAGUGAAGGCUGGUUUUGAGGGGAUUCACGGCCUGCUGACCAUGCGUUUGGAAGCAAUGCCAGAGUUACAGAGGGCAUCUGCUGAUGUUCUCGCUGCAGCGCAUCAGCUUCUGAACGAGCAGGCUGAGCUACAUUCGACUUACGUAGAGAAGUUGAUACGUCUGAAGACGCAGCUGGAAGAGCGGAAGGAAGGCCACCAUGUUAAUGACUAUGAGAAGAACAAGAAAGAAUAUCGACGAGCCUACAAGGAUGUUAAUCAGAGAGAGAUGACAUUUUAUCCUAGGAUGCCAAAUUGUAAGAUUGGGGGCUUUAAGGAUCCAGGGCGGAGAUGCAAUACUGGUGGUCCAUGUGUGUGUGAAACAUGUGGACGGGCGGCUGAUGCGGCCAGGGUAGCUGAAUGUCGUCAGAAGGGGACGUGUACAUGUGGGACAUGUGGACAGGUAUCAAAGUGGCCCAAUGAAUCCAGAGGUGCUGAAUGUCGUCAGAAGGGGACGUGUACAUGUGGGACAUGUGGACAGGUGUCAAAGUGGCGCAAUGAAUCCAGAGAUGCUGAAUGUCGUCGGAAGGGGACGUGUACAUGUAGGAGAUGUGGACAGGUAUUAAAGUGGCGCAAUGAAUCCAGAGAUGCUGAAUGUCGUCGGAAGGGGACGUGUACAUGUAGGAGAUGUGGACAGGUAUUAAAGUGGCCCAAUGAACCCAGAGGUGCUAAAUGUCGGAAGUGGAGGUGUGCAUGUGGGACAUGUGGACUGGAAUUCUAAAAUACCUUGGUACCGUAAAGUCAACUUUUAAAUGGAAAAUGCAUAAGCCUCGUUCUGAGAGUGGAGUGUUUUGGACACGCAACCAAGAUGCUCUACCAAAGUUCCCUCGGGUUGCACUAAAAUGUGGAACCAUGCACACAGCUCACUUCAGAAGUUUGAGGCUCUCAAAACACUGCUUCAAACACAAAUCAGCCAAGGAAGCAUCAACCACCCUAAGUUUUUUAAUGAGCACUACACAUAUUUGCUGAGAAAAACGCUCCAAAUAGCCCAUUUGCGCGGAUUUUAGCGUCACUUGAGCGAGCCGAUCCGGACUUCCUAUACGGGCUGCCGUAACAUAAUGUAAACAACGGCGCUACCGGCGCUCCGGGCAGGCGAUGGAUGGAAUUUGCCAAAUUCGCACAUAUUCAAGUUAUUUCGUGGCCUAUCUUUUUAAGUUUGAGGUAUUUUAGAAUAGAAAUUGAACCCUCGGCUUCGGACUUUGGUUGAGUUACCAAGACACUCUCGGGUGGAGCUAAAAUUUCGUCCAAACCCUCGCCUGUCGGCUCGGGUUUGGACUGUAUUUUAGCUCCACCCUCGAGUGUCUUGGUAACUCAACCAAGGUCCUCCGCCUCGGGUUCAAUUCCUUAAUCAAAGUUGCCCAAUAGUUCCAGGGUUGCUGAAUGUCGUCAGAAGGGGACGUGUACAUGUGGGACAUGUGGACAGGUAUCAAAGUGGCCCAAUAAAUCCAGGGUUGCUGAAUGUCGUCAGAAGGGGACGUGUACAUGUGGGACAUGUGGACAGGUAUCAAAGUGGCCCAAUGAAUCCAGAGAUGCUGAAUGUCGUCAGAAGGGGACGUGUACAUGUGGGACAUGUGAAUGUGUGUACAAGCGUAAAGCGCUUUGUGGCAAGGGACAUUGUACAGCGUGUAGCAACAAGGGUUAUAUUUCUAAAAUAACUUUCAGUAACCAACGAUUCCCCUAAUUACCAGCAGAUAUUAGAGACAUACGCUGCUACUUUUGAGGUCGUUUCCAUGACAACGAUGCCCGCCACGGCGGUAACAGCACCAGAAAAUACUGGGAGAACUUUGCCGUUUUUUUAAAGAAUGCGAUGACAACUUACAUUGAAAUAUGUUUGUGAAUAAAAAAUUGCAGCGAAAACCUUUGAAAUGCUUGUGUUCGCAUGCUCUCAGUCAUCCUGGUUUUUUACAAUAUAAUUAACACUACAUGCAUGACGUUCAAUCGAUUACUGGAUUCAAAAUCACUGGAAAAUGUCUACAGGAAGUUGCAAGAUCGGAAGUGAACACGGGAAGUUGUGAGAUCUGAGGUGAACACGGGAAGUUGCGAGAUCGGAAGUGAACACGGGAAGUUGUGAGAUCGGAGGUGAACACGGGAAGUUGCGAGAUCGGAAGUGAACACGGGAAGUUGCGAGAUCGGAAGUGAACACGGGAAGUUGCGAGAUCGGAAGUGAACACGGGAAGUUGCGAGAUCGGAAGUGAACAUGGGAAGUUGUGAGAUCGGAAGUGAACAUGGGAAGUUGCGAGAUCGGAGGUGAACAUGGGAAGUUGCGAGAUUGGAUGUGAACACUGAAGUGUGUAUAUUGAAACAGUUUUGCAAACUGCUUGAAUAAGGCUUUGUGAAACAAAACAGUUUGAGUAAUGUUGCCGGCCUCGUGGAAAUGGUUUAGAAAAGUUUACAUGUAACAACACUCGCGAAAGCAAAAUAUUGCCUUUUAAUCAUUUCAAAACAGACUAUAAAUCCAGAGACAUUUUACAGCAGGUAAAUCUGUCCGCACAUUAGCACAAACGGUCUUUGAUUGUGAUUCAAUUCAGGACCGACAAAAGACUUGUUAUUUAGAUGAUAUUGUGACUAUAUAUGUCUGACCUGACUAACUUGUGUGAAGGCAUGGAAACCAUAAACAGUGUGUAUUGAUAUGAUAUUUACAGUAGAACCUCUCUAUUAAGGACACCCUCGGGACUGACAAGUGCUGUCCUUAACAGAGAGGUGUCCUGAUUAGAGAGGUCAAAUUGGAAACAACCACUUUGGGACCAAAACUAGUGUCUUUAAUAGAGAGGUUGUCCUUAAUAGAGAGGUGUCCGCUAAGGGAGGUUCCACUAUAGUUGAAUUGAACAUAGGCCAGGUUUGCAGGAUUCUCCAGUGUGUUUAUUAGCAGGGUGGGGGACAGAUGUUGUUCUUCAUGUCCGACCUGACCCUCAGAUUUGGAAACCAUCAAUGAUGAUGCCAUAGAUUGUGACUAGCAAGGGGUUAAUUGGUUCAUUCACUACUGCACCUGGUAUAUACCGGGUCCAACUCCUGGGUCAACAGGACCGCAGUUACUCUUUAACCCAGUGUUCCCUGAGUUCAAUCGUUCAAUCGUAGUCGCGUUUUUAAAUGUCUUUGGUUUGGCUACACCUGAAAUGAAACGGCCAGGGGCCAUUGUGCUCACCGUAUAGAUAUUUGGUGCUUUGGAAUUCAUCCUGGUUAAGAAACAUUGUACAUAUAUAGUAUAUAGGUCAAACCAAAAUCGGUAUGACGUGAUGUAUCGUUGCUUGGAGUAAGUGCUAUAAGAAUAUUAUAAA